AUGCCCUGCGUUCGUGCCUAUCGCACUCUUCCACGGGCACGCACAUCAAACACUUUCAUCCACGUUGGUCGCCAGACUUUCUGGUCUUCAGCAAAUCGCGCUAUAAUUCGAUUUUCUCGGCGUCAAGUACUUGAAAAAUGGCAGAAGCUGGAAGAUCGAAAGUUCGGACAAUCGCUGCUUCUAAGUGAAAUCAACACCGAAAGAAGAAAAGCGCUGAAGCGACACCAGGAGCUCAGAAACAAGGAAAACUUACAAUUUGCUCUUGACGAGAGCGCCAGACUGGUGAAAACAAUGGGCGAGAAUCCUGCUGAAUCGACGAGAACAUGGCCUAAACACAAGCUUGUGGAAUUCUACAACCUGGAGCUGAAACUUCUUGAUGCCAUGGCUAUACUAUACAAUGAUGAGCGAGCAGCAAAAGACCAUGAUGAACGCAUGGCGCUACGAAUCAAAGCUCGGAAAGUCUUGUUCCUCCUCGAACAUGGCGACAGUCCUAUGUCAAGAAUUAUAUUUCGGAUGUUCUAUCAGGAUGCCUCGGUUGCAGUAAAUCUCUACUGCAUUACGCUUUUUACAUUUGCUCUGAUCGUUGUGAAAACGUUUCAUAAGACUACUGGCCAAAGAACGAACAGAGAUUCUCAAAAAAUAUCCCGAGUUUCACGACCCGGAAAUGUGUAA